AUGCAGGAGCCGACCCACGCGGUUCGCUCCGCAUCAUCAACCGGAGGCUACUGGCAGAGAUUCUGGCGAGACAUUUCACCUACCAGCAACACGCAUGCCGUCUGGAUCGAAUACAACGAAGAUUUGUUAGGGAAAGGCUGGUAUCCAUACACAUUGUCCCAGCACGGGAACAAGAUCUACAAGACCAACAUCCCCGAUGCCAAGACGAAGCAGUAUCUAGGACGUAUCACUCCAAGUGGUGAUCGUUACCUGAUACACAACCCCGUGUACAGAGAUGACUUGAGUCGCCAGCCUCUGACCAUAGCCAUGUCUCGAGAAUCCCGCGCUACUGGCGUGCAGCAGGCGUAUCGUAGUAUCGGUGUUCUACGAACCAAUGCGAGCACUGUGAUCGCGCCGGAGACGAGAGACAGGUAUAAGAAUCAUGGGUUUAGCUAUCCGACAGCUGUACAAGUAGAAGGUAGUUUGAUUGUCGCGUACAGUGAGAAUAAGGAGAAUAUUUGGGUCAGUGUAGUGAAGAUACAGGAUCUGCCUGAAGAGUUGUCUACAUAA